AUGUCCCUCAACAUUGGCCUACGAAUGCAAUUCAUCUGGACUUUCACAAUCGCCGAUGUUGCAAUGCCAAUCCGAGGCGCAGAUUUUUCGGCACACUUUCAUUUAUUCUUCGACUUAAUUUCGCGUACGCUUACCGACGCGCGUACGAAUCCGCAGCGCCGCGGAUUAACAUUAAGGCUCUCUACAAUUGGUCUGACAGCUGUGAUAGCCAAGGCAAAUGUGUAUGAGAACUUAUUACAAAAAUACAAGUUAUUAUUAUCACCAUUUACAUAUGCAGAGCCUAUCAGGCAUAAUGCCACUCAUGCCAUAAAAACGACUGGACCCCCAGCACAUGCCCAACCGCGUCGUCUAAACCCUAACAAACUGCGGGUAGCUAAGGACGAAUUUGAACAUAGGCUCAAACUGGGCAUAAUCAAACCGUCCUCUAGUCCUUACGCUACACCACUCCGCAUGGUCCCGUGCGGGGAUUAUAGGCUAUUAAAUGCCCAAACCAUCCCGGACAAAUAUCCAAUCCCCCACAUCAAAGAUUUUGCUCUAUCGCUGGAAGGCGCCAUGGUUUUUACAAAUUUGGACCUGCGGAAAGCGUUUUAUCGGAUUCCGAUCGAGCCAACCGACAUCCCAAAGACAGCAAUAACAACUUCCUUUGGCCUAUAUGAGUUUACCAGAAUGUCCUUCGGUUUGCGCAACGCAGCUCAGUCUUUCCAAAGACUCAUCGAUGAAGUUCUUCGCGGACUGUCCUAUACUUACGCUUAUAUCGAUGAUGUCCUGAUAGCCAGCAAAACACAUGAAGAACACUACUACCAUCUUCAGACAGUUUUUCAACGCCUACAACAUUACGGCUUAAAGUUAAACGUUGAGAAAUGUCUAUUCGCUGUCCGUAGCCUGACUUUUCUUGGCCACAUAAUCGACAACCACGGGUUAACUCCCUUGAACCAAAUCAGUAAAAGCUAUUACUGA